UUAAAACAUAAAAAGCUUAUUCAUUAAGAUGUAAAUAUAAAUCCAAAGUGAAUUUAUAAGAUCUGUAAUUGAAUAAGAUUUUCUUAUUUAUUACUAUUUAUUGCUCAGAAGAUUCUGAGUUGAUAGUAAUAUGGUGGCUGUGUUGUCUACUUUUAUAUGAGGGGAUUGGCAGUACUUGCACCUGAAGCUCGUCAUAGUUGAUGAGCAAUAGCAAUCCAAAACCGAAAAUAACAACUUCAUUCCAAUCAGUCAGUCAAAAACCGAUCAUGGCGGCGAUUAACGUUGAGCUUCCGAAAAUGGAACCGUCUUUGCGUACUCUAAAACUGUCAGGGCAUGUCGGCUUCGACAGCCUUCCCGAUCAGUUGGUGAACAAAAGUGUGCAGAAUGGAUUUGUUUUCAACAUUCUGUGCAUUGGUGAGACGGGUUUGGGUAAAUCCACCCUGAUGGACUCUUUGUUCAACACAAAUUUUGAAUCAAUCCCGAGCCCACACAACUUGCCUACUGUGAAGCUAAAGGCUCAUACUUAUGAGUUGCAGGAGAGUAAUGUCAGAUUGAAGCUUACCAUCUGCGAUACUGUGGGCUAUGGUGAUCAAGUCAACAAGGAGGAUAGUUUCAAAGCUGUAGUGGACUACAUCGAUGCACAGUUUGAGGCUUAUCUCCAGGAAGAGCUCAAGAUCAAGCGGUCUCUGCCCACAUACCAUGACAGCAGGCUGCAUGUCUGCUUGUACUUCAUAUGCCCCACAGGCCACGGGCUGAAGUCGAUCGACCUCGUGUGCAUGAAGAAGCUGGACACCAAGGUCAACAUCAUACCCAUCAUCGCCAAAGCAGACACCAUCUCCAAGACUGAGCUGCAGAAGUUCAAGUCGAAGAUAAUGCAGGAGCUGCAGAGCAACGGCGUGGAGAUCUACCAGUUCCCGGUGGAUGACGAGUCGGUGUCGGAGGUGAACGGGUCGAUGAACUCGCACAUCCCCUUCGCGGUGGUGGGCAGCACCGACUUCGCCAAGAUCGGCAACAAGACCGUGCGCGCGAGGCAGUAUCCAUGGGGCACCGUGCAAGUGGAGAACGAGUCCCACUGCGAUUUCGUGAAACUCCGCGAGAUGUUGAUCCGCACCAACAUGGAAGACAUGAGGGAAAAGACACACGCCCGACACUACGAACUAUAUCGGAGACGAAGACUUGCUCAGAUGGGCUUCACCGAUGUAGACGCGGAUAAUAAGCCGGUGUCGUUCCAGCAGACCUUUGAGCAGAAGCGAGCGGCGCACCUCGCCGAGCUGCAGCAGAAGGAUGACGAGAUGCGACAGAUGUUUGUGCAGAGAGUUAAAGAAAAGGAGGCAGAACUUAAGGACGCGGAGAAAGAGUUGCACGCGAAAUUCGACCGUCUGAAGAAAGAUCACACGGAAGAGAAGAAACGCCUCGAGGAACUUCGCAAGAAGAUCGAAGACGACUCCAUCGAGUUCAACCGCCGCAAGCAGGCCGCUGCACAGCAUCAUCACACCUUAACACUCGGCAAAUCCAAGAAGAAGUAAACUAAAAUACUGAUAGCCAACUUUUUUCACCUUUGUCGAUCAGAUAGAUUAUCAAAAAUUAAUGAGAAUCAGUUUUUUUCAUUGCCAACGUAUCUAUUGUCCUAAUAAAAACAUUAAGACGUCACUUCUUGCUACAAUUUUUACUUAGUAGCGACAUCACGAGCUCCCGUUUCUAAAUUUUGGCGCGCUUUAUCUUUGAAUUAAUUUAUUUGAGCACAUGAUUUUUUUGAUAAUUUUCUCACUGAAAAAAUAGAUUUUCGUUUAUUUUCCUCAUCUCUAAUACUGGUCUAGUUCUAUAACCCACACAUACCUAGACUUGAAUAAACGACGCAUGCCCUACAAAUUGUAUGAAUACCGAAGAGAAUUUAUUAUAUUUUGAGUAUUCACGAAAUAAAGUGGUAUAAAGCCACGGGCCUUGUCCCUCUAGCAUGAGCACCACAAUUUACAUUAUAUCACGUUUUUAUCAGGUCUAACUGUCAAACUCCAUAGUAUUUGACAAUUGAACGGUAUAAAAACGAUCUAUAUAUCAUAUCGCGCUGCUCAUGCUAGGGGGGCUGGACUCCCGUUUAUACCCGAUUCUAUCGAUUAUGGAACGUGUUUUUGCGUUAUCUAUUUUGAUCUAUGUCUGUGCCUAUAAUUCCAGCCUAUACUAUAGUUCUAUUCAAACUUUAUUCCGGCCGUGAAGUUAGUAGCGAGCAAAACUACGCGCGAAUUUAAGUUCAGUGACAACACGCUAUAUUUCGUUUACUGCGCCGCGACUUGCGCUAACUUCACAGCCACCAUUCAGUUUGAAUGGCACUUUAUACUCAACCAACUGAGUUCCGAUAUUAUGAAUGCGAAAGUGUCUGUCUGUCUAUCUGUUACCUUUUUAUACUUAUACCGCUGAACCGAUUUAGAUGAAAUUGGUAAUUGAGAUAGCUAUAGAUUCGGGAAAGGAAAUUUCCGGAUAGUUUUUAUCCUAUAAUUCACCGUUUAAGCGAGUGAACAAGUAUGUGAAACCAAUUUUUCCUCGCAAUCAAAGUCAAAAGUAAGUUAAAUAGGGCAUACCCUACACUGUACCAAGAUGUAGUGUUGAACUCCUCAUUAUAAAAACGGUUUACACCGAACCUUGCUGAAUAUUGUAAGGUUUUUCAUCCUUAUCCUUCACUAGUGUUGAAUAAAAUGUAACAGUCGUUUAUGUCUACGAAACGUCUGAACACAAUCUGUUAAGCAUCCUUCUUUAUAUAACUUUUUUAUUUGUCACAUGGCUAGAGUAUUUUAAUGCAUUUUUAUGUAGGUACUUACCUAUCUGCUAGGUAUUUAAUAUUUUUUUCAUUUCUCGUCGCAGAGAAUUAUCAUAUAUGCGAUUAAGUAUUAUUAUAUUGAUCAUAUUUUGGUUUGUAGUCUAAUGAAUCUGACUGUAUUUCAUUCACGACUACGACAUUCGCACUACAAAUACCUUUCUUAUUCCAACGUAAUAAGGCAUCAUCGGUAUCAAACUGCCGAAUCCAUCAUUGUACCUUAUUUAAUUUACUGAAAUGACGGGUACAUCACUAUCAUGCCAUUUAUUCAACUUCUAAUUCUAUCAAAAAUGUGGUCCAGUUCGCCAAUUGUAGAAUAUUGUUUGAAUGACAUCAAUUUACAUGUAUAAGUUUAAUUAUCGUGAUGAUAUGCGAGUGAUUAUAUUUAUGUAAAGCGUGUACCAAAUGUAUUGAUACGUAUUUAUAAAUCUUAUUUUAUUGCUAGAUCUAAGGGCUUAGUAUUUGAGUGUGUUAUUUUCAAUUAGACUAUGAAAUUAAAUAAAAAUGUCCAAAUUAUCUAAGUUGUGACACACUUAAGCAUUAGGUAUAAUUUUAAGUAUAUUGGAAAAAAAUAAACAUAGUUGUGUUUAAAUAGUUUAUUGUGAACUGAUCAAAUAUCGCUUUUUUAAUAAAAUUGCCUAUAAAUAACUAGAUAUAGUUAAAAUAUUAAAUAUAAUAUAGUAUUUGCUAUUGUAUGCAGGACGGAUGAGUUACGUCAGAAGACGUAAUUUUACGCUUUAUGUUAAUCAAAUACAUAGAUUAUAAUAACCCAUCGAGUUAUGAUUAUACAUUUACGCUCUCUCUGAGUAUUCUUGUUUAAUUUGUGUUUAUAACUUUCUAUUUGCAUUUACUCAUUCAUUCCUAGUUUUGAUGUAAUUUUAUACUUAAUUUUCUAAUAAUGAAUACCUGACUAAGGUGUUUAAUAAAAUCAUGAAAUCAUAAGUGUUGUUUUUAUUUGUUAUGUCUAGAAAGAAUCUUGCAGUAUCUAAGUAAAGUUCAGUUUUGAAUAUUCAAAGUGGCUGACAUUUCGGUGAGUCGUCAUAAGUACAAAAUUAACCACAUACCCCUUGUUACCCAUGUACUUAGUGUACAGGGGUAUGUGGGCAAUUUAUACCUGCCCAGACCCAGUAUCGAAGCUCUUCGAAGCCUCAAUAGGUGCGUCCACACAGAGCGAGCAGCCUUGCGAGACAUUUGCCGCGAACUGUAUGUACCCUUAGCACGAACCAUUAUCGAAUUCGGAGUUUGCGAGUGCGAAAUCUCAAUGUUAAAUUUUGUAUGGAAACUUGAACAGCAGCCACAAAGUACGUAACGUGAGCUAAAAAUCAGUACACAUGGACACAUUUCGGAGUCGCAAACUAUUUGAAUUCGAUAUUGGUUCGUGCUAAGGGUACUGUUCCCGAACAAGCGCGGCAACCUCGCCUGAGCUGUUAUGUUGAUAAUGACAUUGUAGCGCCACACACGUGUUAUGGGGGCAUGCUCGAGUAAGGCACGAAACAAAAUACGUGAGCGUCCGGAGUGCGGCAGACCACGGAGGUGCCGUUGAGCAAAACAAAAAGCCGAUACUCGAUGGCUCGGUCGCUUGCCUCGGACGAGGUACGUUCACACUAUCUAAGCUGCCACGCGAAGUUGCUCGCUCUGUGUGGACGCGACCCAUCUCUCUUUAGAAAUAAUCCAUUUUAAAUGGUAAUUUGCGCCCUUAUUGUCCGCAACGCAAUGCACAUAUUCCGUAUGAAAUAAAAAGAAGACGCGCCCGCAUUCGACGGAAUUCGCUUUUUGGUUUUUCCUUCAACCUAGUCUCCAAUUGAAAUCGCAAAUAAUUUUCACAAUUAGGCCCCUAGUACUUUUAUGUUAUACUAAUCGGCAUCAUUCGUGAUCACGAAAUUGUGUAUUUUCGUGAACAUCAUCGUCGCUUAUUUUACUCGAAUACGAUUAUCGAUUUUUAGGUUGCAGCCCCUGGAAUCCCCGAUGCGAUAAGUAUAGGUAGCACACGAUCCAGAAGGCUACUCAGACGAGAGACACUGUAAGAGGUCUCGGCAGUUCGUAGCAGACGGGCUUGAACAUCUUGUUGUAGUACGUGUAGCGGCGCCGGCGCGGCGUCACCGACGCGCGCACGGGCACUUUGAUACCGGACAGUGCCGCCGCCGCCUGACUCGCCGCCGCUGCUCGCCGGCACUAUGCAAUGUCACAAAAAAAACAUAUAAAUCAAUGCAUCUAUAC